AAUCCAAAUCGUGUAAGAAGGCUUUGGCAGUUGUUCAGCUAUGUGUUCUACAAAUACAAUGUAAAUACAGGGUGAAGGAGUGGUCUGGGAACCUAUUAUACAUGGUGUUUUGACAAGGUUUGUUGUUUGGAGUAAAUACAAGACAUAUCAAACAUGGACGGGGAUAGGAGAGCUGCUCAGUGCCUCUUGAUUCUGUUUCAACUAGUAGUGCAAGGUCUCUGAGACCACGUCUAAAUAUAGCCAACUAUUAAUAGUAUAUUCUAACAGACUGGGCUUCACAUGAUGUCUGUCCCUGACAACACCACACAACUCUGUGAAGCGUCUGGGAGGAAGCCUUCCACACUGUUGGCUGAGCACUUCAAACUUCAGUUAACUGGAAAUCUCCAGCACUGGACCGGCCAAUGGCAUAGCCUCAUCACUUCAUCAGAUCACACACUCAAUAAUUCAGUGACAGACGAUGGGGGACUUCCAGCAGUUAGACCAGGACUUUUACCAGACAGGAUAUUACAUAGAUGACCAGGGUCAACCUGUGGCCUACUAUGAAACCUACAAUUCCCAAAGCCCUGCUUAUUAUAAUGAUGGAACGCAGGCUUUUACACCAGGUGAUGUGGAUCAUUCCAUGGAGCAGCAGUACACUGGACAGUUCUACCAUCCUGCUGGGACUGUGGAUAGCACGGGAACAGUUCCUCUUGAAGAGGAACCUCCCCUUCUUGAGGAGCUGGGCAUCAAUUUGGACCACAUCUGGCAGAAGGCGCUGACAGUGCUGAACCCUUUUAAACCUGCAGACGGCAGCAUUAUGAAUGAGACUGAUCUGACAGGCCCUAUUGUCUUCUGCAUUGCACUAGGGGUCACUUUAAUGAUGGCAGGUAAAGUUCACUUCGGUUAUGUGUAUGGGACCAGUGCCACAGCCUGUAUUGGGAUGUACGUUCUGCUGAGUCUGAUGAGUUCCCUGUCAGUGUCUUACGGCUGUGUGGCCAGUGUCCUGGGCUACUGCCUGCUGCCCAUGGUGGCCAUCUCUGCAUUUGCUGUCUUCUACUCUCUGCAAGGCAUCCUGGGUACAGUUCUGGUCUUAUUAGGGGUUGGUUGGUGUAGUUUCUCUGCCUCCAAGAUCUUUACCUCCACCCUGGCUCUGGAGGGUCAGCAGCUGUUGGUAGCUUACCCAUGUGCCCUGCUUUAUGGAGUUUUUGCAUUGUUCACUGUAUUUUAACUCUUACUGGAUUAAACCCACGGUGAAAUAUUUGUAUUUUAAGUUACUGUACAAUAUUGGUUAUUAUUAUUAUUAUUAUUAUUAUUAUUAUUAUUAUUAUUAUUAUUAUUAUUAUGUUACUUAGUUUACAAAGUUAAAGGGAGGUUUUGGUUUCAACCCAGGCUGAGGCUCUUAAACCAGUCAGAAGAAAUUAUGCAAAUUUCCUCUAUCUUCUCAUAAAGGAAGCUGAACAUAUGUUUGCAGAUGCACUAUAUAAGGUUUCUCAUAUGAUUUCAUCAUUGUUCUACUCAGAAUUUGUUGUAAUAUUUCAUUAAACUAUAUCUCAUACUUACAUGUUACAGUACUUUGAUGCUCUUUAUGUGAUUUAUUUUGUCCUCAUGGAUUUUAAUGGAUAAAGAUUUCCUGGUAU